AUGAUGCGCUAUGGUUGUAUUUUGCUGUUCGUCUGCGUGAUCAAUUCCGCAGCAGCCAUCUUCGGUCAGAAUCCUUCAAACUUACCGUUCACGGUUUUCGGAAGACCAGCUGGAGGCUUCUUGAAUGUUGUACGUAGAAGAGGUGGUCAACAAACCGGAGGAGAAGAGAAUACACGCGAACAAACGACAUCUUUCAAUGAUCUCGUACAAACGUUCACAAUCACACAACCGAUUGAGCAUGGGAAUGCAUCACUCGGAAAAUGGCAACAGAGAGUUCAAUACAAUCCAGCCUUCUACAAGAACAAAGAGGUGAUAUUCCUUAUGAUCGGUGGCCAAUCACCUAUAUCACGGAGCUGGGUCUCAGAUCCAUCACUAACAUAUCUGAAGUGGGCUAAGCAAUACGGUGCAGCAGUUUUCCAGUUAGAACACAGAUGCUUUGGUCAAAGUCGACCAUACAAGUGA